GAAGAAUAAAGGCGGAAGUUAGCGUCUCUCCGAAACUAGCGUCCGUCCGACGACGAGGCGAGCUGUCACAAAGCUGGAAAAUGUUGAAAGAUUUGGUGAGGGAGCGCCUAAUCGCGGCCGCCGACGAAAUCUUCGAAAUGUUUGAGCGAACGAUCGCGUCGUACGAGGAGCAACUUUGUCGCGCGCGAGAGGAGAACGAGCGACACCGACGACGACUGGGAGACGUUUGCAACACUCCAAAUGUCGACCGCGUCCGAGAGCCCCCCAGCAUGAAAGAGAAAAAAGAGGAUCCAGAGCCCCCCCUGGUCUUGAAAGAGGAAGAGGAGGAGACCGACGUGGACAGCUUUCACCCGACUGCCCAAAACAAGCACCAACGGCUCCAGCGCGGGGGGGCGUCGCCCGACCAGCUGUGCGACGGGUACGACGCCGAAGAACUUUGGAGGAGCCGCGCCCACGCUGAAGGCGACACCGACUGGGAUCCCGCCUCCCCAACGGAAGACGACGACAGCGCCUCAGUCGCGGAUCCGAGCGCGAGCCGUCCCGGCGAUGCGGAACGUGAAGAACGUGAAGCUUCGGCGCAGAAGGGCAACAAGAGGAAACGGCGCCCACACGAAUGGCUGAGAAGCAAAAUGAAAGAGGCCCGCAACAAGGGAAAGGCCUACGUGAACACCAGAGGCAUCGCCGUGCCGGGGAAAAACCUCGUCGCCCUUCCUCGCCAUCUGUGUCGACACAGAUGCGCCGAACGCGUCACGGAAGAAGAACGGCGAAUGAUAUUCCGGAACUUCUGGGACCUGGGUCAUUUCGACCUGCAGAACGCUUUCAUCUGCGGUUCCGUCAAACUGGUCGGCGUCCAGAGACGCAGACCGCAACGGCGACGGCGAGACGCGGGGGAAGCCAAAAACCGUUCGUACUCUCGCAAAUACAGCUUGACCGCCGGCCAGGGCGGUCACGUGGAGGUGUGCAAGACGUUCUUCCUGGCGACGCUCUGCGUAUCCAACGGAAGAGUCGAUCGAGCGCUCCAAAAACAGGCGGAGAAAGGCCCGGGUUCGCCCUCGCCCGACGGCAGGGGCAAGCACGACAAUCGCAGAAGAGUCAGCGACGAGUCCCUGCGGCUGAUCAAAGAGCACAUCGCCUCCUUUCCCGAGCACGAGAGCCGCCGCGCGCAACGCGACGGGAAGUACCUGACCGUCGCGCAAAUGCAUCGUCUUUACCGAGAGCAGUGCAGACAAAACGGGAGAGAACCGGAGAAGGAAUGGCUCUAUCGGAGGAUCUUCCUUAACCAGUUUGGUCUGUCCUUCCGUCCACCUGGCGAGGACGCUUGCCUACUUGCUCCCCUCGGGGCCAAAGCGCGAGAUUCGCCCCUCCUGUUGUGAUUCCUGCGUGUCACAAAAGGAGGUUGAAACAAAUGUCUGCAAGAAGUCUGACUCGGGUUUUUUUUUUUUGUUUUUUUUUUUAUCAUCUGCAUCAUUGGCUCCUCGAAAACACAACAAACUCGCCAGGUGUCCCCGCUCCCCUGACCUCAACCCCAUGGAGAUCCGCAAGCAGCAAAGGAUGAUUGAACCCGGGUCCUCAGAACGGCGAGGCAGACGCUCUGACCAGUCGCCCACCGUGCCGCCUUUCAGCGGUGCCUUGACCUCCGAGUGUUGUGAGGUACAGUGGCGUGAAAAACCAUUUGCCCUUCUCAAAUUCACAUUUUAAGAUCACAAGCAAACAUAAAAUGUUUCAGUUUGUGACCUCAAGUUGAGGCGCACUCGGGUUCUGCAGCAGGAUAACGAUCCACAACACACCAGCAGGUCAACUGAUAAGAAUAACGAAGGUUUUGGAGUGGUCUAGUCAAAGGCCAGACUUGAACCUUGAACCCGAUUCAAAUGCAGUGGCAUGACCUUAAAAGGCCGUUCGUGCUGGAAAACCCUCCGUUUUUGCUCAAUUCAAACACUCAUUGGCAGUUGGAGAAAAGGAGAAAACGCUUGAUUUCGGUUGUUGCUGCUGAGGAAGACCCCACCGGUUCUUAGGUUUAGGGGGCCAGGUUGUUUUUUUCCCCUUAAUAAAUGAAAUCAUAAUUUUAAAACCGCA